UUAAAAAUUCUUUUAUUGAAUAAAUAAAUAAAUCUAACCUAGAACAAAUUUCAUAAUCAAACCUAAACUUCAAACUCUUCACUGUAUUCAUUCCGGACGACUAAACUGCACCCCUAGCUUGAUCUAAAACCUCUCGCCAAAAAAAUUAAAAAAAAAAGAAAAACACCUGAUCUAAAACCUUAAACUCUUCGGUAAACCUCUCAUUUUAAGUGACGAAAUCUCCGUUUUCCUGUUGCUCCCCUUCUCUCCCAUCACAGCAAAACACUCGCCCAACCCGAACACAACUCUAUUGGUGUUUCCCGGCAGACCCAAAGAGAGAGAGAGAGAGAGAGAGAGAGAGAGAGAGAGAGAAUGGGGUCAACCUUGGAAGCAAAGAGUUUGAGAAAGGCGGUAGUGCCAUCAACACUCCUAGACAACCCAUCUCCUGGAAACCUCCAGUCCACUCGCCUUGCUCUCCAUGUCAAUGAGGUUGGCUCCUCAUGUUGGGUUUACAUCGCCUCCGGAUGCAACAUCUACAAACUUCAGAUUCUGCUGGAAGAUUCUUGGCUUAGCAAAGGGAAAGAAGGCCUCCUUAUUCCCGAGCCAACAGAGGUUAUAGAUUCUUUGUUACUUAAGCGGUGCCCUCAUCGUUCAGAGAUUCAGAGUAUUGUACUUGCUGAAAUUGAAAGCACUGGUUACUUAGUAUUGGGAAGUGUGGAUGCUUAUGGUCAUCUUAUUGUCUCUAAACUGGACACUAGUGGUAAAGAUGUUGACAGGAUUACCUAUUCGGUGUUGCCUCGGGAUUUUGGUGUUGGAGAAGGUAGUUGGUCUGGGCUUUGCUUCAGUCCAGAUCAAUGGUCCAUGGCAGCUGUGGCGCGAAGCUUCUGCAAAAGUGUUGAUAUUUAUGACCAGGACAUCCAUCUUCGAACUUUGCAUACCCUUUGGUAUCCAUCUUCUAUAAACUUUAUGCAGAAUUUGGGUAAUGGGAAUGAGAAUUCUAUGUUAGCCAUAACUGAAGGCUGCCAGCUGUCUAUAUGGGACUUGAGAAUGAAAGAAAAUGGUGGUUGCCUAAAUCGAAUUUGUGGUUCUGUUGGAGAUUCUUUUUAUGCUGUCUGCAGUUCUUCAACUGGUAACAUCGCAGUGGGUGGUGCUGAUCGUACUGUGACCAUCUAUGAUCCCCGCAGAUGGUCAGCACUUUCCAGGUUGGUGCACUGUUCAAAAUAUGAGGUCUUUUGUGGUCAGUGGCAAGAAAGCAGUAAGGUAUUCUCAUUUAGAGGAGACUCAAACUGGCUGGGAUUCAGUAAGUGCUCUAACAGGGAUAUACUUGGCGGAUGGUGUGAUUCGGGUAGCAUCUUCGUAGCUGACGUUGUAGCUAAAGGAGAGUCAAAAGAAAUACCUUGAAAGGUGUUGUUAACAGAUUUUCCUAGUGGCAGUUCAUCUGUCUUUGAAUCCACGAAGAUUCAUUUAACUUCAAAACAUGUUAAAUCCAACCAAGGGUUUCAUUAACAUAGAUGUAUGCAGUCAUUUCAAACAGCCUAUUGUUCUCAAGUAAAGCACCAGGAAAUUUCAAAUAUUUGAUUAUCUUGAGCAAUUCCUCCCGAAAGUAGCAUUAGUUGAGGUUUGAAGUUGACUGUUGUAGGAGUCACUACAUGUAACUUGAAACAAUGCUGAAGUCAUUGAUUUUACAGUGAUACAUUCACCUGAUGGUGAAGCCUUUGUUAGGGCUGGUCUUUAUUCUUUUGAUUAUUUAAGAGUUGGGACUUUUAUGCCAUUUUGAUUGGUAGCUUAUGUAACUAUGAAACAGCCAAAAUCUGAUGCUCCACACAGGAGAUAUAGACACUAUAUUUUGAGUUGAUUUUCACAUGACCUCCCUUUCAUUUAUAAGCUUUUGUCGACACUCCUGGAGGUCAUAGGGUUCUUUAUCUUUAUUUAUAGCUGUCGUUUACCGUGUCUAUUGGUCUUGGGAAACAAAGACAAGGAAUGAUCUAAAAGAAAAGAAGACUAGGACUUUGUAAGAUUCCAAAGUUUCAUGCUCACUUUCUCUUUACUUGUCAAUGAAGUAACCAGACCAUCCCAACUGAGACUAGGAUUUUGUGCUCCUCACUUCUUUUGAGUGUUUCAAUUGGUGAAACUUUUCAAGGUCAAGGGUCAAGACUCCAGAUAAAUGGCGAGAGCCAAAGGUGUAUCUCCACAGGUUCCUUUCUGGUUGGUGGCUUGGGGGCUUUGUGGGGUUAGUGGUUAGGCUUGUUUUGGCCCAUGUUUUUGAGACCAUCAGUUCAAUCAGCAGCUCACCUAAUGCCAUUGAGUUUUCAUUUUGUGGUGAUCAUUAUUAGGUUUCUCC